AUGAUGACAGGAAAAGAAACCGUCAUGGUAAAAUUACUAGGUGUAAUAUCAGAUGUUGUUAUCAUACUUGAUUUUGUGAUCCCGGCGAAAGCAAAGAUUGCCUCAUGACAGAUACUAUAAAGCUGUUUCCUUGUGUGCUUUAUGAUAGGCAUUUCAUAUAUAUUCUUGACCAUCCUGUUCUGCUCAACGUUGUCACGACAGGAGGGGAAGCACGGUCAUACAAAAUUUAAUAAGAUAUUCAAGGUGCCAUGGCAGUUGUUGUGGGAGUACACUACGCCGUGGCCAAUACAAGGAAAUAAUAGCAGCAAUAGCACAGCUGCUAUCGUGGCGUCGUCUGCGUCCACCACGGCAUCGGUUACCGAUAAGGCUACCACCACUACUACUUCUACUGGCGCCAUUCUAGAAAAUGAACACCAACACCAUCCACUAGGCAGCGAUAUUGAAGACGAUGAUGACGAUGACUAUUACGAGGAAGAGGACGAAGAAAUUUAUAUUGUGUCAGCACCGCCACCAUCGCCACAAGAACCCUCUAUGCUCGAAGCAGUGUUUGCUAAACAGCUCAGCCGAUCCCUCGAAGUAGUGGUUCGAACGAAUUCACCAGAACCACCACCACCACCACCGCCAUCAUCACACAAUAAUCAUAAUCAUAAUUCUGUUUUCCAAGAUCCCUUUCACCAACAACAUGACCAAUAUAACCACCAGGCGCAGCCACCAUUACCUCCACAAGCACAACCUCUCUUUGUAAGUCAUGGGGGAAGGGCUCGAAGACGAUCGUCAACAACAGCAGCGUCAGCCGCAACAACGCAUUGGGACCAUGCACGAGUUUUGGACAAGCUGUUACGACGGACGCAACAAGAACAGCAACGAAAAGGUGGAGGGGGGAUUGUCAAGAAACGAUAUCAUACUGCAGCAGCAACAGCGGGAAGCAACAACAUCAACAGUAGCAGUAGUAGUAGCGGCAGCAGUAUGAUGGUUGGCGGCGGCAGCAGCAGCAACGGUCGACUCAGAGCAGCACGGUCGUUGUGCAACAAAAAUGCAAGCGAUUUGGCAGAAGCUAUAUCCAUGAUACGCAUAUCUACUGCUGCUGCGACGACGGCUACUACUACCACUACUACUUCCAUGUGUCCUACUACUUCCAAUACUUUAUUCAAUGCGCCAUCGCCACAUCAAUGAACACCGAACUCUCCACUUGGGUCUCUCUUACUUUUCUUUCUACAUAUACCUUCGUUCACCUAAAACAAAGCAACAUUCGACCGAAAAGCACAAUGCGCACACGAACGUUACUU